GCGUUAGCAUCGCCAAGUCACAUUCAGCUUUCUCGACCCCGAACACCACGUCGCAGAUAUGGUUUCGAAACGAGACCUCGACGAUGUCGACGAUGGCGAAAUUCCCGAACCUGAGUUAAAGCGACCAAAGAAGCACAAUGCCAAGUCGCGACAGCAUCAAAACUCCGGAAUCGAUCCCACCUGGGGUCAGAAAUACGUCUUCUCGGGCAAGGAAAACGCCACAACGAUUCCCGCCGGCGAAGAGGACGACUUUGAAGACGACGCAGAUGCCAUGGCAUACUUGAACUCCGUGAGACAAGAAGCCACCGGAAUCCCCCAUUUGCUUGUUGCGCCCAAGGUCCAGAUUGGGCCGCAGCUGCCUGCUGAUUUCGAGAGAGACGAGACGCACCCCGACGGCGAAGAAGACAUCGAUCGGACCAUCUACGACGAUGGUGUUGGAGAUACGAGAGGGUACUAUGAGGAUGGCGCAUAUACUGCAGUUCCGGAUUCUUGGGGCGGGGAUCAUAAAUACGAAGAAGGAGAAACUCCAGAAGAAGGGGAGGAGGAGUUUGACGAGGAGAGAGCGUUACACGAGGCGUACUUCGCAUCCGUCCUAGACCAAUACCUCCACCUCCGAACCAUCCUCAACUCAAAACCUCCUCCAAACGCCCUCUCCCGCCUUUCUUCAUCCCAGCCCACAUCCGCCGCCGGCUUCGGCCGCCAAUCCUCCCCGAUCGCUCUCUGGGCCCGCCUCAUCCGCACCACCGACCCGCACCCGCUCCAAGUCGCCCUCAUGUCCAAGGACACCAUCCUGCACAUCCUGCGCGUCCUGCUGGGCGGCAAGUUCCUCCGCCGCGGCUACACACUCCCCGAGCGCACGAGCCGCUGGCUCUGGGCGCUCCUCGCCCGGCUGCCGGACAAGGGCGAACUGAACCACACCGAGAUUGGCUGGGUGCGCGACCUUGGGCGCAGAGCUGUGCUGCUGGGGAGGAGUCUUGCGGAGAUGGCGGCGUUGAGGGACGAGUUGGCUGAAGGGGGCUUGGGCGCCCAUGAAACUGUGGAUAGAAGCAGCAGUGACGAGGAGAUACUUCUGGACACGGAAGAGUUGGAAGUCGAAGGCGCAAACACCCCUGGCGACGACGAGGACACGGAGGAGCCCUCACCACCAACCUCUAAAGUCGCCGAGCCAGCACCCAAAGACGACACUGAAGAAGGUGAGAUAGACGACGACGAACCUGAGGACGUCGCCAUGGACCUAGGAUCAGACUCAGAGGCCGAGGACGGCGAAGUUGCCUCCCAACCCGAGGGAAACCUCGAGGAUGCAAAGGCCCGUCUCCUAGCCCAGCUCAACAACGCCCCCUCCGACAGCGAGGCGCGCGAGGAAGAAGAGCAGGAAGCCGCUCGGGAGCGAUCCCGGGCGAAUCUGCGGGCGACGUUGAAUAUGAUUUUGACGGUUGCGGGCGAGUUCUACGGGCAGCGAGAUCUGCUCGAGUUUCGCGAGCCGUUCGUGGGUAUGUAAGUGUAUGUAAGAGUGGCAAAACACGGAGUCAACAAGUUGAACAUC